AUGGCCAAGUCGGACCUCCUCACGGCCUCUGUGCCCGUGUCCGACGAGGAAAAGUCGGCCCAGGCGCUUUCCAGCAUGCCCGGCGCCGACAACGCCGCCGGCAACGCCAGCGACAGCGACGUCGGCCACACGCUGACGUGGACCGCGGCCGAGGAGCAGGCCCUGGUGCGCAAGGUCGACUGGAUCGUGAUGCCUAUCCUGAUGCUCGUCUUCUUUGGCCUGCAGCUCGACCGCGCCAACGCCGGCAACGCCCUGACGGACAACUUCCUCAAGGACGUCGGCAUCACCCAGAACCAGUUCAACAUCGGCACGCAGCUGCUCAACGCCGGCAUCGUCGUGCUGGAGAUCCCGUCCAACCUCGUGCUGUACCGCGUCGGCCCCAAGGCCUGGAUCGGCGUCCAGAUCUUCUUGUGGGGCUUCGUGGCCACCUUCCAGUCGUUCCAAAAGGGCCUCGGCGGCUACCUGUCGACGCGCCUGCUGCUGGGCCUCUGCGAGUCGGGCUUCAUCCCGGGCAGCCUCUUUACCAUCUCGCAGUGGUACCGCGCCCACGAGCUGAGCCGGCGCUAUGCCUUUUUCUUCCUGGGCAACGGCCUGGCCACGGCCGCCGGCGGCCUCAUUGCCUACGGCGUGCUGCACAUGCGCGGCCUCGCUGGCCUGGCCGGCUGGCAGUGGCUGUUUAUUCUCGAAGGCAUCUUUACCGUCCUCACCGGCGUCGUCUUCGUCACCCUCUUCCCCGGCCUGCCGAGCCACCCCGUCUCCUUUGCCGGCGUGCGCUACUUUAGCGACCGCGAGCUGCUGAUCCUGCGCCAGCGCAAGGCCCUGGACGACCCCACGGCCGGCCCGCUGCGGCGCCGCGUCGCGUGGCAGGACCUGCGCGUCACGCUGCUCAGCGGCAAGGUCUGGCUGCACGUGCUGCUGACGACCGUCGGCCUCGCGCCCUCCACGGCGCUGUGGUCCUACGCGCCCACCAUCGUCGCCUCCUACGGCUUCAACCGCCUCGCCUCCAACGCCAUGACCAGCGUCGGCCAGUGGGUGUCGGUGGCCCUCGUCGUCCUCGGCGGCUUCGUGGCCGACCGCUGGGGCCGCCGCGGCUGCUUCGUCCUCGUCGCCGUCGCCAUCGAGUUCGUCUUCACCGUCGCCUACAAGUGCCUGCACGACGACGCCGCCCGUGCCACCAAGUUUGCCCUCCUCACUCUCGCCAGCGCCACCUGCAGCUGGUGGCACGCCGCCCACGGCUCCUGGCUCGCCAUCAACGCCCGCUCCCCCGCCGAGCGCUCCAUCCGCAUGGCCCUCUUCAUCAUGGCCGCCAACUGCGCCGGCAUCGUCGGCGGCCAGCUCUUCCGCUCCGACGACCUGCCCUACUACCACCGCGGCUGGACCAUUGCCGUCGCCUUUAUGGCCUUUUCCGUCGCCGUCACCCUGGCCCUGCUGGUCCUGUACGCCCUGGCCAACCGGCAGCUGAAGAAGGAGGUCGGUGGGGGCGAUGGUGUAGCCGGCGUGGACGCCAGCCACGUUGACAAGGACGGCCAGCCCAUCGCGUCUCCAGUUGUGAAGCUCUACAACUACUAG